GAAGAAGCCUGCUGAGCGCUGAUUGGCUGCUGGGAGGGGCGUGCGGCUGUGACGUCAGCAGCAGAGAGCAAAGAUGGCGGCAGUGACCAGAGGCUCCUCCGCUGUUCUCAGACGGCUGCUGACUCAGCAGUACCGGCGCCGAUGUUUCCGGCUGCAGAGCGUCAGAUUUGUCCGAACGGUGCAGCCGCCGGCGGUCAGAUGGGACAGAAACAUCCAGAUGUUGAGCAGCAGGACGCUGCACAUCGCCAGCGUGAGCCGAGGACCGAUCGUCCAGUUCAAACUGUCGGACAUCGGAGAGGGAAUCAUGGAGGUGACGGUGAAGGAGUGGUACGUGAAGGAGGGUGAUAAGGUGUCCCAGUUCGACAGUAUCUGUGAGGUGCAGAGCGACAAGGCGUCCGUCACCAUCACCAGCCGCUACGACGGCGUCAUCAAGAGGCUCUACUACGACGUAGACGCCACGGCGCUGGUCGGGAAACCUCUGGUCGACAUCGAGACAGAGGCGGGCCCAGCGGUGAUCCCGGAGGAGGACGUGGUGGAGACGCCCGCCAUGGCGAGAGAAGAACACACCCACCAGGAGAUCAAAGGGCUGAAGACGCAGGCCACGCCCGCCGUCAGACGCCUCGCCAUCGAGAACAACAUCAAACUCAGCGAGGUUGUGGGGACGGGGAGAGACGGACGCAUCCUGAAGGAAGACAUCCUGAACUUCCUGGCGAAGCAGACGGGCGCCAUCAUCCCUCCGACUCUGUUCCAGGAGAUCCAGACUCCGCCUCCGGCCCCGGCCGCCACGGCAACCGCCCGGCCCGCUACCACCGCGGCCGCCGCCGCCAAACCUCCGCCCGCCACGCCCAGACCCGUCUUCACCGGGAAGGACGUCACCGAGCCGCUCAAAGGUUUCCACAAAGCGAUGGUGCGUACGAUGACAGCAGCUCUGAAGAUUCCUCACUUUGGUUACUGUGACGAGGUGGACCUGAGCCGCCUGGUGGCCCUCAGGUCGGAGCUCCGCUCCACCGCCGAGGCUCGGGGGGUCAAACUCAGCUACAUGCCCUUCUUCAUCAAGGCUGCCUCGCUCGGCCUCCUGCACUUCCCUGUCCUCAACGCGUCGGUGGAUGAAGGCUGCCAGAACAUCACCUACAAGGCGUCCCAUAACAUUGGGCUGGCGAUGGACACUCUUCAGGGCCUGCUGGUUCCCAACGUGAAGAACGUGCAGCUGCUCAGCGUGUUCGACAUCGCCCAGGAGCUGAACCGCCUGCAGGCGCUCGGGGUGGGGGGGCAGCUGGGCACCAGCGAGCUGAGCGGAGGAACCUUCACGCUGUCCAACAUCGGCUCCAUCGGAGGAACGUACGCCAAACCGGUCAUUCUUCCUCCUGAAGUCGCCAUCGGAGCUCUGGGGAAAAUACAGGUUCUCCCUCGGUUCGAUGCCAGUGGUUCCGGUGGUCCGCCCACUUGCAAGGGCCGGCUCAGCCAGAUCACCGCAUCAUCGGACGGCGCCUACCUCAUGUGUUCUGGUUCUCCAACCUGUGAGGGAGUACUGGAGAACCCCUGGGUGCAUAGCAUGCUGGACCUCCAAAUAGAUUUUACCCAUCAGCCCUGGGCGGAUAGGAGCCACGCGCCACACGCACCCUUCACUUCCUCUCUGCCUUCGCUCCGUGUCUCUGUCUGA